AUUUGGAAACCCAUAAGAAUUUGGAAAGUAAACAUGACAUUAGUAUAAAAAGGAAGGGGAUAUAUUGUUGGGAAAUAAAAAGAAGAGAACGUCGCGACUUGCGGGUUUGCUCUUGAGAUUUCACGAAAAAUAAAACCCUCAUCAGGUCCAGCCCUUCCGUCAUCUAGGGUUUAUAUUGCCAAUUCCCCAAUCAAAACACCACCCCAAUCCUGAUUCAAAUUACACCAAUAUUUCUGUCAAUUCGGCGGUAAAAUCAUCAUGGGGAAGAACGACUUCCUAACCCCCAAGGCAAUUGCCAAUCGGAUCAAGGCCAAGGGACUCCAGAAGCUUCGAUGGUACUGCCAGAUGUGCCAGAAGCAAUGUCGAGACGAGAACGGCUUCAAAUGCCACUGCAUGAGCGAAAGCCACCAGCGGCAGAUGCAGAUCUUCGGCGAAAACUCUAAUCGCAUAGUCGAUGGCUACUCCGAGGAGUUCGAGCAAAGUUUUCUCGAUUUGAUGAAACGAAGCCACCGGUUCAGCCGUAUCGCCGCCACCGUGGUCUACAACGAGUACAUCAACGACCGCCACCAUGUUCAUAUGAACUCGACUGAGUGGGCCACGUUAACCGAGUUCGUGAAGCACUUGGGGAGGACGGGUAAGUGUAAGGUUGAGGAGACGCCAAAGGGUUGGUUCAUUACUUAUAUCGAUAGAGAUUCGGAGACCCUUUUUAAGGAGAGGUUGAAGAACAAGAGACUCAGGGCGGAUAUGGCUGAGGAGGAGAAGCAGGAGAGAGAGAUUAAGAAGCAGAUUGAGAGGGUUGCUCAGUCGAUGCCCGUGGGUAAUGGGGUUGAUCAAGGUUCAGAAGAUGAGAUCCAUAGGAAAAUUAAAGUGGAGAGUGGGGUCAAGAUUGGUUUUGCACUUGGGUCCUCGAAAUUGGGUUCGAAAGAAAAAGGGGAGAGCUCGAAAUUGGUUUUUGAUGAGGUAGAGGAUGACAAGAGUAAGGUUAAGAAUUCGACGAAAAAUGGAAGUAGUGGUGGCGCGGGGAGCUUGGCAUUGGAGGAGUUGAUGAGGGAGGAUGAGAAGAAGAAGGAGAGGAUUAAUAGGAAGGAUUAUUGGUUAUGCGAAGGAAUCAUUGUUAAAGUUAUGAGUAAAGCAUUGGCUGACAAGGGUUACUAUAAGCAAAAAGGGGUUGUGAGAAAAGUGAUCGACAAGUAUGUGGGGGAGAUUGAAAUGCUUGAAAGCAAGCACGUCUUGAGAGUUGACCAGGCAGAGCUGGAGACCGUGAUUCCGCAAAUUGGGUGCCUCGUGAAGAUAGUGAAUGGGGCUUACAGAGGAUCAAAUGCAAAGUUGCUGGCAGUGGACACAGAUAAGUUUUGCGCUAAGGUGCAGAUAGAGAAGGGUGUGUAUGAUGGUAGAGUUCUUAAAGCUGUUGAGUAUGAGGAUAUUUGUAAAUUUGCCUAAUGAGUUUGCUUGAAAACCUUUUUAAUUGAGACUGAACUAUAUUUUUUUAUGAUUGAUCAUCUGCCUUUCAAAUGUGUUACCUUGUUUUGAAUGUCUAUUUGUUACCCUGUUUUUAAAGUCUAUUCUGAUGCUUAUCCA